AUGAUGGGCCCAAAACCAAGGCUUGACGUAUACUCAAGGUUGCUUUCUCGAUUCUAUGAACCCCUAAUACUGUUACGUGCUCUUGGCAAGACACGGGGGGUGCACACAGCAGGCCCACAAGACGCCAAUUCUGACGAAUCCGGACGGCGGAGGCUGCUUCGUAAUUUAUCUUACCUCUGCGACUAUGACAAAGGCGGUGACACGACUUCAUCAAUUGCCAUCGAAGAGAAUGACGAAUGCUAUAUCUUCUGGGUGGCUUCGAACGCACCUCGCACACAUCAGAAGAUAAAGCAAUUCGUAGAGUACACUCUGAAAACGGUGUAUCAUAUUACCGACCUAGAGGAAAGCCGAAGACCUAGUCAGGAGAGAGAUUUCACGCACAAAUGCAUUACAUUCGCCCAGAACAGGGUGAAGAAGGAAAUCGUUUUAUUAUGUAGGGAUGCGAAGAGGUGUAUUCAACAACUCAAAAACGUCGAACAGACGACAGACUCCCAAUCACUCAUAACAUGGUUGAACCAAUUCGUCGUAAAGAAAACGACAAAUACGGCGGAUCUGUGCUUCUUAGCUUAUGACCAACGAAGCACACCAGAAAUGCGAAAGCUAGAAGAGAUAAUCCUAUCCAAUGCCGGAAACUCUCCCCACAAUCAAAUAUCCAAUUUCAAGUCGGCACGCCACUACAUAGGACGUUUAGCUCACCAUAUCAGGGCUCCCAAAGAAGUCAUCGCAGACUUGUCAGAGAUGCCCCGAUUUUUAGAGCAAUACCACGUCCGACUACUUGAACCAACACCUUGCAAUGCGCGGCCACAAGCUGACUCCUUAACAGAGCUCAACAGCAUUCUGAAACGGAUGUUGAGUGCAAACGACCCUCGAUUGAGAGAAUAUGCAGAGUGCUUGGAUUUAUUGGAUCAGAAGUUCGAUAUCGCGAAGCUAAUCCAGGAACAAUAUGAUAAAAAGACAUUCAAGCCAGUUAUUCAUGCUGAGAUCCAGAUUCUUGAACACUUCUGGAAGAACAAACUUCGGUUCGCCAGCAGGGACCCCUACAUAGGGUGUAGCAAAUCGGCCUGUUAUUGCUGUCACCUGUACUUUCAACAUCAUCCAUCAAGGCCUGUAAAGCCCCGAUCACAUCAGAUGCUGUAUCUGAACUGGGGUUUGGCAGCUCUGCCCCAGGGAGACAAGGAUUCGCGCUACGUGUUACAGCGAGACAUACUCAACAAGAUGGUAAAGACAAUCAGGAGUGAAGCCUUGGACCAGAUAAGUCGCAAGGCGGACCCGCUGGCUUGGCAUGCUGAUUCGACCACUGGGAUCACAAGAUCCUCUGCGACCUUAAGUUCUGAUUCCGAAACGCUGCUUGACUCAGUAGAGGAUGUCUCCGACACGGAAUCACAGUCCGGUGCUUCCGAAGAGUCAAGUGUAUUGCGUCUCGAAGGCGAUACUUCCUUAAAUGUACUUAGUUAUGAGGAAAUAAGCGAGCUUGGAUCCGACUCCGACUCUAGCUCUGAUGGGGGAGCUCUGCUAUCGUAA